CUGGGUGCGCGGGGCGUCUCCCUCCUCUACGCUUCUGGUGACGGCGGUGUGUCCGGCAACCAGGCAUCCAGCAACUUCCGCACGGAGUUCGUGUCUGUCUUCCCUACAAGCUGUCCCUACUUCGUCCUUCUUCCUCUGACCUCUUCUGAUGUGACCACCGUCGGGGCGACGACCGAGCAGCCCACAGAGAUCGGAGCGAGCUUCUCCGGGGGCGGCUCCUCGAACUGUUUCGCACAGUCCGCCUACCAGUCUGCUGCCAUCGCCUCGUACCUCAGCGCGCUUGGGUCGAACUCGAGCGGGCUCUUGAACGCGACCGGCCGCGCGUACCCGGACGUAUCGGCGUACGGCACGCGGUACGACAUCAAGUCCAGCGCGGUGUCGCUCAUCGUGAGUGGGACGAGCUGCUCUACCUCUACGCCGACGUUCGCGGUGAUCGUCACGCUGCUGAAUGACCAGCUGCUCAGCGCGGGCAAGAGCAUACUCGGGUUCUUGAACCCGCGGCUGUGUAGCACUGCGGCGGGUAUGGGUGUGCUGAACGAUGUCGUGGGCGAGAACAACCUCGCGUGCAGUGGGGGUACGACUGGGUUCUACGCCGCGCAGGGAUGGGAUCCUGUUACGGGGCUUGGCACGCCGAACUUCGCCAUACUCGCAUCUGCGGCGGGCCUCUGA